AACAAAACAAACACGUUGUAUCGAUGUCGCGGCCGAUUUCGUUCGUUACUGGAAAUGCGAAAAAACUCGAGGAAGUGCGGGCAAUACUCGGGUCACGGUUUUCCCGGGAAAUCAUUGCCGUGAAACUGGACUUGCCAGAACUGCAGGGUGAAAUCGAUGACAUCUGCAAGCGAAAAUGCCUGGAAGCGGCACGCCAGGUGAAAGGACCGGUGAUGGUGGAGGACACAUGUUUGUGCUUCAACGCACUGAAAGGACUUCCAGGACCCUACAUCAAAUGGUUCCUCGAUAAACUCGGCCCCGAAGGAUUGCAUAAGCUGCUCGAAGGAUGGGAAGACAAAUCGGCCCAAGCGGUGUGUACCUUCGCGUACGCCAGCGAACCGGAUGGCGAAGUUAUACUGUUUCAGGGCCGUACAGAUGGAGAUAUAGUUUAUCCCCGGGGAUCACGUGACUUUGGCUGGGAUCCGAUCUUCCAGCCCAAAGGUUUCGAGCAAACGUACGCCGAGUUGCCGAAGGAAAAGAAGAACGAGAUCUCGCAUCGAUUCCGUGCAUUAGAUAAACUUAGAGAAUAUUUCUCGAAAGACAACGCAUAAAAACAGAUAAAGGAAACACGCACAACUGUUCUAACGCAU